AUGGCUUAUCUGGCCAAGUUUGAUUCGUCUUCUGCCAGAGUUAAAGGCUUAGCUUUUCACCCAAAGAGACCGUGGAUUUUGUCGGGCCUUCAUACCGGUGUUAUUGAGUUGUGGGACUACAGAUCCUGCACUCUCAUUGAUAAGUUUGAAGAACAUGAAGGACCUGUGCGUGGCAUAGACUUCCACAAGAACCAGCCUUUGUUUGUCUCUGGUGGUGACGACUACAAAAUUAAGGUUUGGAAUUAUAAACAACGCAAAUGUUUGUUCACACUUCAUGGGCAUAUGGAUUAUAUUCGAACGACAUUCUUCCACCACGAGCAUCCGUGGAUUUUGAGUGCUUCAGACGAUCAGACUAUACGCAUUUGGAAUUGGCAAUCUCGUUCAUUGGCCUGCGUGCUUACAGGUCACUGUCACUAUGUGAUGUGUGCACAGUUCCACCCGAAAGAGGACCUUGUGGUUUCUGCCUCCCUUGAUCAAAGUGUUCGUGUGUGGGAUAUUUCCGGCUUUCGUAAAAAGAAUAUUGCACCAGCAGGUUUGAGCGGAAUUGAGGAGCAGGUGCGUUACCUCUCCGGUGGUAGCAACUCGGUGAGUCACAGCGGUUUGGGCGGCAAUGCCGAAUUUUUUGGACCCACCGACGUGGUCGCACGCCACGUCCUAGAGGGCCAUGAUCGAGGCGUCAAUUGGGUCGUCUUCCAUCCUACCCUCCCCAUCAUUGUCUCUGCCUCUGACGAUCGCCAGAUUCGUCUCUGGCGUAUCACCGAGACAAAGGCCUGGCUACUGGACACUCUGAGAGGACACACGAACAACGUGAGCUGCGUCGUCUUCCACCCGAAGCAGGACCUGCUGUUGUCGGACUCUGAAGACAAGACAAUCCGGAUAUGGGACCUGGCGAAGCGUGCCUGCGUGGCCACCAUUCGGCGCGACUCGGACCGCUUCUGGGUGCUCGCUGCACAUCCCACAUACAAUCUCUUCGCCGCUGGUCACGAUGAAGGCAUGAUUGUUUUCAAACUGGAGCGUGAACGGCCCGCUUGGACCCUGCAUAAAGACCUUCUACUCUACGUAAAGGGCAAACAGCUGCGUAAACUCACCUUAGCCAACACCAAGGACUCGCCCGUCAUGACUCUCAAGGAGUACGUUUUCUACACUAGAGACCAUCUUUCAUCAAAUUAUUACUGUAGAGCUAAUCAAUGCCAUCACAUGCCGCAUAUGCCUGCAUGUGGUGGCAACACCGGUGUAACGCCACCAUGUAUUCGGCAAAAAUGGCCACUCUCGUCUUCAGACUCAAUGAUCAGUUUUCGCGUCCUCUUCUCCUUUAGUUACGGAACACCGUUUGCUAUUGCCUACAACCACAUAGAGAACUCUGUAAUAAUAACAUCGCGGCCACAGUUUACGGAGUCGGGCACUGCCAACUACAAUAUCUCCCAAAUUACCUAUGACCUCUAUCAGCUGCCGAAGGAUGGUUCAGCUAGUGAUAGUCCGGCGGAGAGUCGCAGCGGCCACGGCUCGGGGGCUGUCUGGAUCGGCCGCAACAAAUUCGUCGUUCUCGAGGCGCCCGGCACUCUAGCCGUACGCAACUCGGCCAACGAGAAGGUCAAGAAAAUCGAUCUGCCUGGCGCCGACUUCAUCUUCUUCGGUGGCACCGGCAAUAUUCUGGUGCGCGAUGCCUCCUGUCUGAGCCUCUACUCUGUAGCCAAUGGGAGAACAUUGGCAACUCUCAAAAAUACCAAGCUCAUUCGCCAAGCCAUCUGGUCACCUGAUGGCCAGCAUGUCGCCUUCUUCAGCAAGAUGUUCCUCUACCUAUGUGAUCGCCAGCUGGAGGUGAAGACCAGCAUCCACGAGACUGUUCGUAUCAAGAGUGGCGCAUGGGCUGAAGAGGCCGGUGUUUUUAUCUACACCACAUCGACCCACAUCAAGUAUUGCCUCUUAAACGGUGACCACGGCAUCAUACGUACUCUUGACUUGGUCAUCUACAUCACCAAAGUGCAUGGCGAUUCUAUAUUCUGUCUGGAUCGCGAUUGUCAACCUAAAAUCCUCUCUGUCGAUCCCACCGAGUACCGAUUUAAACUUGCGCUCAUCAAUCGUCGCUACGAGGAAGUGCUCUACAUGGUAAACCACGCAAACCUCGUCGGGCAAGCGAUAAUAGGCUACCUGGAGCAGAAGGGUUACCCCGAAGUAGCCCUCCACUUUGUUAAGGACACCAGAACCCGAUUCUCUCUCGCAAUGGAUUGCGGACAAUUGGACGUCGGUCUGGAGGCCGCUCGUGUCCUCGACGAUAAGGCCUGUUGGGAGCGUCUGGGUGAGUUGGCUCUGCAACAGGGCAACAUCAACAUCCUCGAGAUGGCCUACCAGAGAACCAAAAACUUUUCUAAACUUACAUUUCUCUACCUUAUCACGGGUAAUCUGGAGAAACUGCGUAAAAUGAUGAAAAUAGCGGAGGUGCGGCGUGAUUUGGGGAAGCAGUACCAGAUCGCUCUAUUAUUGGGCGAUGUAGCCGAGCGUGUAAAGGUGCUGAAGAACUGCAAUCGAGGCUCUCUGGCUCUCCUCACUGCUUGUACGCAUGGCCUAACGCAGGAAUCGGAGAAGCUUGCAGAGAACGGAGAAUCAGCGCCUCCAGCGAACCCCUCGGCCAAGCUGCUGGUCCCGUCCCCACCAGCAUCAGCACCAGAGGUGGCAGAGGAGAACUGGCCCACUCUGAGUGUGCAUAAGGACUUCUUCGAAGUGGCUAUCGGAAAGGCGGGUCUGGAGGAUACCGAAACGGUGUCCGGGCCAAGGAUCCAAUUGCCCAAGGUUGAUAAGGCUUCCAUCAACAUGGAUCCUAACGAAGUGGCCAACUGGGGCGAGGAUGCCGAUUUGGCGUUGGAGGAGGAAGGCGAAGGCAAGCUCACCAGAGGCGGUUUCGGUGAUGAGGAGGAGGAUCCAAACGACGAUCUGGGUGGUAAUGAAGAAAGUGGCUGGGACGUGGAACAGGACCUGGAUCUUCCACCUGAAGUCCUCGGCACCGCGGGAGGUGAGAACUCGGAGAAAGCAUCGCUGGAAACUUUCAUUGAGCCUACACCGGGUCGCUCACCCGACUCUUACUGGGUUGACAACUCCCCACUUGCUGUUGAUCACGUUCUUGCUGGCUCCUAUGCACAGGCGAUGCGUCUACUGAACCAGCAGGUGGGUGUGGUGGACCUCAAGCCGUACGCCUCCAUCUUCCACGCCCUCUAUGCGGCCUCGCGAAUGGUACUCCCGGGGCUAGCGCAUAGUCCAUCGUUGCGCAUCUAUGCCCACCGUACCCGCGGGGCACUGGCCGCGGCACUUCCCGCGGUGCCGCUACGUUUGGAGCACCUGAUCUCUCGCCUGCAGACCGCUUACCAGCUGACCACGAAGGCCAAGUUCGCUGACGCUGUCGAGCGCUUUCGCUCUAUCAUGCUCUCCGUACCCCUCCUCCUAGUGGAGAACAACACUGAGGAGGCCGAGGCUAAGAGCCUCAUAAACAUUUGCAAGGAGUACAUAAUCGGUCUCCAAAUGGAGAUGACUCGCAAGACCCUGCCGAAGGAAUCCGAUAAGGACAGAGUUCGUAAUGUUGAACUGGCCUGUUACUUCACGCACAUGAAGUUGGAACUGCCCCACCUAGUGCUGACCCUGCGCACAGCGGUGAACCUGCUGUUCAAGCUGAAGAAUUUGCGCACCGCGGCGCUGAUGGCACGUCGUCUGUUGGACCUGGCACCCUCACCGGAGGUGGCGGAGCAGACGCGCAAGAUCCUGCGAGUCUGCGACGCCAACCCUGUGGACGCCUUCGAGUUGGCCUAUGAUCCACGCAACCCCUUCGAGGUCUGCCCCGCUUCUUUCACGCCCAUCUACCGUGGUGGGGAGUGCGUGCGUGAGCCCCUCUCCGGCGCUGCCUAUCAACCCGAAUUCAAGGGCCAAUUGUGCCGUGUCACCAAAACCACCGAGAUUGGAAUGGCCGCCCGUGGCAUGUGUCUCCAGAUGCCUAAGUCACACUGA